GUUGUGGGCGUUUCUCUGUUUACAUGUCUUCCCUCCCUCUCCCUGUUCACCUGACAGCUGACCGGCAGACAGUCUGAGCAUCACUCGGUGCGCCCAGGCAGGCAGGCAGACACACAGGCAGGCAGACACACAGGCAGGCAGGCAGACAGGCAGACGGGGACGCAUGAAACCCAGCAGUCCGCCUGGUACGGUGCUCUGUCCGGGGACGAAGGCUCUGUGCUCUGCGGCGGCGCGGCUCGCUCUGGAGGCUUUUCCCCUCCGCGUCUGACAAGCGACCAUGAGCGGAAGGGUUGGCGACCUCAGCCCCAAGCAGGCUGAGGUGCUGCAGCAGCAGUGCACUCCUUCUCCGGGCAAUCCCAGCAGCUCUCGGCUCACUGCUCAUUAAUGGGAUGGCUCUUCUCUCAGACUGAGUGGAAUCAUAAUGGAUCUGUCCUGUGACUCCAUGAGAUAUCCUGAGGAAAGACGACCAACAAGCAGCAAGUUUGUGGAGCUCCAUGUGCUGUAUGUGCCAGAUGACCAGUGGAAUAUAAAGCUCAAUAAAGUUCCUGCUGAAGCCACAGACAGCUUCAUAUCGGCUGGCUUUAUCAGAGUCUAUCCUGAUAUUACACUAAAAACUCUGAGAGGCGAGCUUGGCAUUCUUCUUGGGACAGAGAGGAGCUUGGACAAGUUCUCCUUCCUGAAAUGCGUGGGUCGCAGCUUGGCACUGGUCAAAAGCAAACAGGAGAACGAUCUGAAAGUGAAAACAUUUGCUCCGCCUUAUGCCGCCCAGCCGGAGCUCUACGUGCUGCCCAUGGCGGAGAGCGACAGCAGUGUUUGUUCCCAGUCUCUCAGCCCAGAGACCUGCAGCAGCUCCCCAGACCACCAGACCUAUUACCCUCCUAAGACAUGCAGCCUGCCAACAGGGACAAAGGAGCCUGUUAAAUUCCCCCUCAUCCCCCAGUGUUCCCAGCAGCCGCCACUUACCCCCAGCCUGGACGAGGAAGAGGAGGAGGAGGAGGAGGGGGAGGAAGAUGAGGAGGACAGCUACAGCUCCACAGAGGCAGAGGGAGAGAAUGAAGAGGAGGCCCUGUCCCCCCACAAGCCUGACUGGAUAGAGGAGCAGCCUUGCCCAUGGAGGCCCCGGAAUCAGAGGGUACCACAGCCUCUUUCACAGACUAAAGCUGCUGCACAUGUAGAACUGUGUGAAGUUGGUUCAGCUCAGGUGAAGAAGUUUCCAGUGAAAGGCGAAACUGGUGGUAAGAAGAAACAGUGCCUCAGGCAAAGAAGAGCAGCCAGAGAUUCAGGAGUAGCAGAGUCAGUGGAGGACAGUGACUCCCUCACUCAGGACAGGCUCAGGAAAGCCAAAGAUACACAGGCACUGACGUCCAUCGGGAAUAAACCCCAAACUAAGGUAACGGAGCCUCCGGUCGUCUCAUCUCUGCCUGUUCAGUACACGUCUUCACCCCCUGCCUCUGACUUGGCCCUGGCCACCCAUAAAACUGCUGCCUCUCCAGCCUUUCAGACAAAUAGAGAUGAAUUAAUAGAGGAAAUCAAGCUGGUGAGGGAGGAGAGAAAGCAGCUUGAAUGGACACGGCAGGAGUUGCUGAGAAAGGGGAAAGACUUGUUGGCCCAAAACAGGCACCGCAGGAACCAAGCACGUGACAGUUGGAAAAAGAAAUACUUUGAGACCAAGAAGGCCACAGCACCACUGGAGGACACCCUGAGGAACCUGCGGCAGGAGCUGGAGACAUUUUACAAUAAACUCUUACACCAGCUGCAGGCCAGGGAUAGCAGAGGCAAGCCAAGACGGCAAGGGAGAUCUUCCACUAAGAAUGAGCUCAUCAUUCAGAUCAUGACAGAGAGUCAUGAGAUUGACAAUCUGAAGAGGAAAGUGGAAGAUGCCAAGAUGAAACUUGUCACAGAGAUAAAGCUGAGGAAACAGGCUGCCACCGAGCUGAGGGCCUUGAAGGCUGAGCUGGCCCAGAAGAGAAGCCAAUUAUCUCACCCUGGACCCAAGGCCCCGCUGGGCUUCAGAAACACCACACAGGACAGAUCACAAGGUCAACGUACCGGCAUCUAAUUCAGUUCAAGCUUUCCUUUCUUGAGACAAACACAUUUGAUGUCAUGCCAAAUGUCUCAGGUAUUCAAAAGUGACUGAAAUAUCCAUAAACCCGAGGCCAUUGUUUAGCCUAAGUGGAUAUGGGUGUAUUUCAUGCAGCAGCCAGUUCUGUUUUAAUGUUUUGUACCUGACUUUGUAAUUUUUUCCACAUUUUGUAGUUCUUCAUUUCAAGUGCUGUUUGAUCUUAUCUGAUCUGUAAGCACUGUUGACACUUCUGGCUGAUGUUUUGUGUGUGUUAAUGAUAAAUACCAUGCAUGUUAUGUUUAUU